UAAGGACUCGAAAGCUGAAGGUAGUCGUCGCCUUGAGCUUCGCAGAAGAAGCAAAGAUCUGAAGCAGCAAAAUCUCUGGGGUUACUCCUCUCUGUCGAGCUUUGAGAAAUGGAGACCUUUCUAUUCACAUCCGAAUCUGUGAACGAGGGCCACCCAGACAAGCUUUGCGAUCAGAUCUCUGAUGCGGUGCUCGACGCCUGCCUUGAACAGGACCCGGACAGUAAGGUGGCCUGUGAAACCUGCACCAAGACUAACAUGGUUAUGGUCUUUGGCGAGAUCACUACCAAGGCCAAUGUAGACUAUGAGAAGAUUGUGCGAGACACUUGCCGCUCAAUUGGGUUCGUAUCUGAUGAUGUGGGUCUUGAUGCCGACAACUGCAAGGUCUUGGUCAACAUCGAGCAGCAGAGCCCCGAUAUUGCCCAGGGCGUCCACGGCCAUCUCACCAAGCGCCCUGAGGAGAUUGGUGCUGGUGACCAGGGCCACAUGUUUGGCUAUGCCACCGAUGAGACCCCUGAGCUGAUGCCACUUAGCCACGUCCUUGCCACGAAGCUCGGUGCCCGACUCACAGAGGUGCGGAAGAAUGGCACUUGCCCUUGGCUGAGACCAGAUGGCAAGACCCAGGUCACUGUUGAGUACCACAAUGAGAAUGGCGCCAUGGUUCCCAUCCGCGUCCACACUGUCCUCAUCUCUACCCAGCACGAUGAAACAGUUACAAAUGAUGAGAUUGCAGCUGACCUCAAGGAGCAUGUUAUCAAGCCAGUCAUCCCUGAGAAGUACCUCGAUGAAAAGACCAUCUUCCACCUCAACCCAUCAGGUCGUUUCGUCAUUGGUGGACCACAUGGUGACGCUGGUCUCACCGGAAGGAAGAUUAUCAUUGACACCUAUGGUGGCUGGGGAGCCCACGGUGGUGGUGCCUUCUCUGGAAAGGACCCAACCAAGGUGGACAGAAGUGGAGCUUACGUUGUGAGGCAGGCUGCCAAGAGCAUUGUGGCCAAUGGGCUUGCUCGUCGGUGCAUUGUGCAGGUCUCCUAUGCCAUUGGUGUUCCCGAGCCAUUGUCCGUCUUUGUUGACACAUGUGGAACUGGAAAGAUUCCUGACAAGGAGAUCCUUAAGAUUGUGAAGGAGAAUUUCGACUUCAGGCCGGGAAUGAUUGCCAUCAACCUGGACCUCAAGAGAGGUGGCAAUGGUAGGUUCUUGAAGACGGCUGCUUACGGUCACUUCGGUAGGGACGACCCCGAUUUCACAUGGGAGGUGGUGAAGCCCCUCAAAUGGGAGAAGACCCAAGCUUAAUUGAUAUUGAUUGGCGGCCUAUGAAUCUGGAUCCUUCGCUCUCCGGUCUGUUCUCGGCAGCUAGUAGAUGGUUAAUUGCUAGCCUGCUGCUCUCUAACUAAUAGGGACUGCGGAACUGUUGUUUUCCUUCACUAUGAUGAUUAUUAUGUUACGCUCUGUUUGUUCCUCCUUUUAUUUUCCUUUCUUAUUUGUUUCGUUUUGUUUUGUUAUCCGUCUUGGUGCUGAGAGAAAUGUGAUUUUUGGAAAAGAAAAAGAAGGGAAGAAGGGAACUCUACCUUCUUUCAUCCCUCUUCAUAAAUUAAGAUGUCAUUUAUCUAUAUGCUUUCCGCAUAUGAAAUGAUAUGAUUCAUGUAUAAUAAAA